AUGUCGAACUUAUAUGGAGAUUACAAUCAAAAGAUCGAUUACGUGUUCAAAGUGGUAUUGAUUGGGGAUUCAGCGGUGGGGAAAUCUCAGCUGCUUGCUCGUUUCGCCAGGAACGAAUUCAAUGUGGAUUCGAAAGCCACAAUCGGUGUUGAAUUCCAGACGAAAACCCUCGUCAUUGAUAACAAGACGGUUAAAUCCCAAAUUUGGGAUACUGCUGGCCAAGAAAGGUACAGGGCCGUGACGAGUGCGUACUAUCGAGGAGCAGUAGGAGCAAUGUUAGUUUACGACAUGACGAAGCGGCAAUCGUUCGACAACAUGGAGAGGUGGCUGGAGGAAUUGAGGGGACAUGCUGAUACGAACAUCGUGAUCAUGCUUAUCGGGAACAAGUGUGACUUGGCGAACCUGAGAGCGGUACCCACGGAAGAUGCACAAGAGUUUGCUCAAAGGGAGAGCCUGUUCUUCAUGGAGACAUCGGCACUGGAAUCAACCAACGUCGAGACCGCAUUUUUCACGGCUCUAAUACAGAUAUAUCGAAUAAUCAGCAAGAAAACACUCACCGCUAAUGAUGAGCUAGAUCCCAAUGGCAAUGCUGCUCUCCUUAAGGGAACUAGGAUUAUUGUCCCCAAUCAGGAGAUGCAAACACCUAGUAAAAGUGGCUGCUGCGCAUGA